CACCCCUAACUACUCGGUGGUCCUUUGACACCAUCCACUUCCUGUCUCGAUCGAUCAACCCACCCCUAUCUCACAAUUCGGAUUACAUACAACCACAAUGCCAAUUCGCAACCCGUUCGCCCGCCGGCCCGGCCCCGCCACCGCUCAAGACGAGAGCUCCCGACCGGGCUCUGCCUCGGGGCCCACCACCUCCGCUGACGCCGCGCACCCCGGGUUUGAAAGGGUAGACACGGUCGGGUCCAAGGCGUCGUCGGCGUUCAGCAUCCGCAGCAGCAGGCCGAGCCAGGACACGGGCGAGUACAAGAUGAGUGUGGUCGACGACAGUGGCGUUUAUCUACCACCAUCCCCAAUCGAACGAGAAGCCUCCUGGCCACGGCGCUACCUCGCACGCACCUCGACCGACAACAAAAGCGGCAGCCUCGCCGUCGGCGGCAGCAGCACCAGCAACGGCGAGAUCGAGCACUUUUCCAUCUCACGCGAGUCCUUCGACUCAUACCGGCGUUCCUUUGACAUCAGCGCCAAGAGCCCCGUCGUCAUCGCCGCCGCCGCCGACGCGCGCCAAUCGCUGGACUCGAGUCUGCGCCCCUUCUCGCCGCGCUACCACUACCACCCGCGCUCCUCGAUGGGCGACCAGUACCAGCGCCGUUGGGAGCAGCCGCCCACGCCCGAGGAGAGCGAGACGGGCGAGGAGGAGGGCCGGUUCGAGGAUGUGGGGCUGGGGGAGGGUGGGGAGGGGGAUACGUCCAGGCCGGGGCAUCAGCAUGUGCAGCAGGUGAGGAAGAGGGGGUUCUUUGCCAAGUUUGGGUCGGAUAGUGGUGUUGUGUCGGUGGAGGAGGGUGGGAGCGGGAGUGGGAGUGGGAGUGGGGCGGGCACGGCUAUGUCGCGGUUCUUGCCGACGCUGGGGGGGCGGAAGAGGGAUCAGAGCGGUGGGUUGGGCGCGGAGUUGGGGGUGAUGCCGGUUGAGAGGGUUGGGGGGACGCAGAUGCAGGCGCAAGGGGUGGAGGUAUGAGCAUUGGGGGAGGGGGGAGGGGGUGCAUUGUUUCUUUGUUGAG